AUGGCUUCUCAGGUAGCGCUGCGGCGACUCGGAGCUAGAGCUGUGCAGCAGCAAGGGGCCUGUCCCCUGUCGCGACGGCGAUGGGCUUCGACAGCCUCGAGUCCACAGGUAGCAGACCCUUUCAGGAGCAAGUCUACUGGUAGAGUUACUCGGAUAGAACACGAUGACCUCCCAGGCAACCUCUCCAAGCGAAGUGACCGCUUCGUGGAAGGGAUUAUGCCCUUCAUGGUGCCUACAUAUGUACGACCAGCACCGGUGAUGGCCAGAGGAAGCGGUUGUUACCUUUGGGACAUGGAGAAUAGGCAAUAUCUCGAUUUCACAGCCGGUAUUGCGGUGACAUCUCUCGGCCAUUCAGACCCAGGACUCUCUCAAGUUAUAUCAGAGCAGCAUACCGGCAAGCUCAGCCAGGCGCUGAUUAGCACCACUCUCACUUCAGGAGCGAUGCGGACCGCCACGCAAGCCUUCAUCUGCAACUCCGGGACCGAAGCCAACGAGGCAGCUCUCAAGUUUGCCCGGAAAGUAGGCCACAGUCUCGAUACUUCGGGUGCAAAGCAUGAAAUUGUCUCCUUCCAAGGAUCCUUCCAUGGCCGAACCUUUGGUGCUCUAUCUGCUACUCCAAACCCCAAGUACCAGGCCCCAUUUGCCCCCAUGGUCCCCGGAUUCAAAUAUGGAGAAUACAAUGACAUCGAACAGCUUCCAAGUCUAAUUACGGAAAAGACUUGCGGUGUCAUUGUUGAGCCCAUCCAGGGCGAGGGCGGAGUAAACGUUGCCUCCGCGGAAUUCCUCACAGCACUCCGCGCACGAUGCGACGAAGUCGGAGCGGUGCUGAUCUUCGACGAGAUCCAAUGCGGCCUUUCUCGCACAGGCAGCCUGUGGGCACACGCUCAUCCGUCUCUCAGACCAAAGGAUGGCUCCAAGCCCGCCCAUCCAGAUAUCUUGACCACCGCCAAGGCACUUGGAAACGGUUUCCCUAUCGGUGCCACGAUCAUUUCCUCUGACGCAGUUGGGAAGUAUAUCAAGGUUGGAGACCACGGAACUACGUUUGGUGGAAGCCCACUUGCCUGUGCCGUGGGUAACCAUGUCUUGACCCGUCUUGCCAACAGGGAUCUUCAGGAUUCAGUUAACUCGAGGUCCCGAACCCUUAUCCAGGGGCUGAAACGUCUUCAGGAGAGGUAUCCAGAUGCUGUAUCAGAGAUUCGAGGUCGAGGUUUGAUUCUUGGUCUGCAACUUUCCGCUCCUUACGUUGGCAAGGUUGCUAAUAUCCUCGGGUCAGCGAGGGAUAAGGGAUUGUUGAUAAUUUCUGCUGGAGAAGGUUGCAUUCGUUUUGUCCCGCCGCUAGUCAUUACUGAUGAGGAGAUUGAGGUCGGGCUGGGCAUUCUGGAUGAAGCUAUGAGUGAAGUUGUUAACCAGGCUUAA